CUCACCACGUGCCUCCCUGUCGGUCUGUCUGUCUGUGGACGCUAAGAGGAGAGCCACCAUCUGAAGCUCUAAUUUGAAAAUUUGUACCAUGGAUGCAGAAGAGUUUCGACGCAGAGGGAGGGAGAUGGUGGACUAUGUGGCCAACUACCUGGAGAACAUCGAACAGCGACCGGUCUACCCAGAUGUGGAACCAGGGUAUCUUCGUUCCCUGAUCCCCACUGAGGCCCCACUGGAGCCUGACAAUUAUGAUGAUAUUAUUAAAGAUGUGGAGAGGGUUAUAAUGCCAGGGGUCACCCACUGGCACAGCCCAUACUUUUUUGCCUACUUUCCAGCUGCUAACUCUUACCCUGCCCUGUUGGCUGACAUGCUGUGUGGCGCCAUAGGCUGUAUUGGAUUCUCCUGGGCUUCCAGCCCAGUCUGCACAGAGCUGGAGACAGUGAUGCUAGAUUGGCUGGGGAAGAUGCUGAACCUGCCUGAGCAUUUUAUAGCUGGGACUCAUGGCCACGGAGGAGGUGUCAUCCAGAGCACAGCCAGUGAGGCAACCCUGAUGAGCCUGCUCGCUGCCCGCUGUAAAGCAGUCCGACGGGCUCAGGCCUCCAACCCGGAAAAAUCAGAGGCUGAAAUCGUCUCCAAACUGGUGGCAUACACCUCAGAGCAAGCUCAUUGCUCAGUGGAGCGUGCUUCUCUGAUUGGAGGAGUGAUGAUGAAGAAGGUUCCAACAGACAACAACUAUGCUGUCGGUGGAGGCAUGUUUAAGAAGAUGCUGGAAGAGGACAAAGCAGAUGGACUUAUCCCUUUCUAUUUUUGUGCGACCCUUGGCACCACGGCAUCAUGUGCCUUUGAUCAUAUCACUGAGCUGGGGCCCAUAUGUAAUAAGGAAAAUAUGUGGAUGCACAUUGAUGCAGCGUAUGCAGGGAGUGCAUUCAUCUGUCCAGAAUUUAGGCCUUUGUUGAAUGGCGUUGAGUUCGCAGACUCUUUCAACUUCAACCCACACAAAUGGCUUUUAAUCAACUUUGACUGCUCUGCAAUGUGGGUGAAGAAGAGACAGGAUCUCAUUGGAGCCUUUAAGAUGGAACCCCUCUACCUGAAACACGAAAACCAGGAGUCAGGUAUGAUCACAGAUUACCGGCAUUGGGGGAUUCCACUCGGAAGAAGAUUUCGCUCACUAAAGAUGUGGUUUGUCUUCCGUAUAUAUGGAAUUCAAGGCCUGCAGGCUUAUAUACGCAAGCAAGUGGGCCUGGCCAAAGAGUUUGAGAGUUUGGUACGAGCAGACAAGAGGUUUGAGAUCUGCGCUGAGGUCAUCAUGGGACUGGUCUGCUUCAGGCUCAAGGGCUCCAAUAAGUUGAACGAGCUCUUGCUUAAAAGGAUCACCAAGAGCAGAGAGAUCCACCUGGUGCCUUGCCAGCUCUCUGGCCGCUUUGUCCUGCGUUUCGCCAUCUGCGCACUCACAACUGACUCAAGACACGUCCAAGAAGCAUGGCGGCACAUCACGCAGCUGACCUUUGAGAUCUUGCAGGAGCCCAACCAUUGACCAAAAGGCUAGACUCUAAUGCUGAAAUGAGGACCAAAGUUAAAGGUGCAAUAUGUAAUACUGACAGCUAGUGUUUAAAAUAGUUACUGCAGUACAAUCUAAA